AUGUAGAAAUCAAGUGUUGGUCCUAAAUUACUGCUCUAACUAACCAUAAGAGUAGGGCCAUAUGAUGAUACUGUGCCAGAUGAACAGUUUUGCUAAGGGUUCGAUCAAACUAGCAUAAUCAAAGAAUAACAAAGGUAUGAUGCAAAAGGAAGACAGAUAGCAAAAGGCAAAAAUUACUCAAUAGAAUUUGAUAACUAUGUCACAAUUUGUGUUUAUGACCCAAACGAUGAAGUCUUAUAAAUCAAGGAAACUCUUUCUCAAAUUUCCAAUCUUGAUAUGAUGAAGAUUAACUUCAGAAACCAGCAUAAUAUGAACAACAAAUAAUAAUAAACUGACUAAUAAAUAAGGCCAAUUUUGAAAAGAAAAAACUCACCACAUCCGAAUAUCUAGAGAUGA